GGAGGUGGGGAAGGGCUGAGCUGAGCCCCGGCUCCGGCAGCCAGAGCUCAGAGGACGCGCCAGCGGCUGCUGAAGAUGCUGUGUCUCUCCUGGGCGCUUCUCCCGCUGGUUGCUUCUAUCCAUCCGGAAUGCAAGAUAUUCCAACAGGUGGUGAAAGACCAGGCUCUAUGUUUAGAAAAAAAUGAAGCUACUUUACCCAUCUUAAAAGGAUGCCCAGGGGAUUGGGAUGGACUGAGUUGCUGGCCCAAAGCCACUUUUGGAGAAGUGGUAAAAGUUGCAUGUCCCGGAUUCUUUGAAGAAAUCACCAACGUACACGGUUUUCUGCAAAGAAACUGUACGCAAGAAGCAUCUUGGUCAGAACCGUACCCACCGUACUCCAUUGCCUGCGGAUUCGAUGAAGGUUCCAGUAAAGGCCCUGAAGAUCAGAAAUCAUAUUAUUCUGCAUUUUGGCAUGUCUACACCGCUGGCUAUGCGACAUCUCUGACUUCACUCAUUACAGCUCUCGUUAUCUUUGCCAUCUUCAGAAAAUUCCACUGUACACGGAAUUACAUCCACAUGCACCUGUUUGUCUCUUUCAUCCUCAGAGCCACUGCUGUUUUCAUUAAAGAUGCUGUUUUGUUUGCUGAUGAAAAUAUGGACCACUGCUUAAUGUCAACGGUUGCAUGUAAGGUUGCAGUCGCAUUCUUUCAGUUCAGCAUUUUAGCCAACUUCUUCUGGCUCCUGGUAGAAGGGAUGUACUUGCAAACACUGCUGCUGUUGACAUUUGUUUCUGAUAAACAGUACGUGUGGUGGUUCAUUUUGGUUGGCUGGGGAACUCCCAGUGCUGUGAUGUCUGCUUGGAUCCUAACCCGAAUCUACAGACAGAAUACAGGAUGCUGGGAUGAUGAUGAUGAGAAUACAGCAGUGUUAUGGAUCAUCAAGGGACCCAUACUGCUAUCUGUAUUAAUGAACUUUACUAUAUUUGUCAAUGUGAUCAGAAUUCUGGUGCAGAAAUUACAAUCUCCAGAGGUCAGCGGCAGCCAUUCUAGUCAUUUUGUGAGACUAGCUAAAUCCACACUGCUCCUGAUCCCACUCUUUGGAGUGCACUAUAUCGUGUUUGCGUUUUGCCCAGAAAGCACUGGAUUGGAAGCUAGACUUUAUAUUGAGCUGGGCUUGGGCUCCUUUCAGGGCUUUGUUGUCGCUCUUCUAUAUUGCUUCUUAAAUGGAGAGGUUCAGGCUGAAUUAAGGAAGCGCCUGCAGAAGUGGCAGUAUCAAGAGUACCUGAACUUCACCCGCAAACCUCGGACCAUGUCUAGAGAAAACAGCCCCGUUAACUAUGUCACUCAGUUAUCACUGCUUGAAAAAAUCAGCCCUAAGAGGAAAACGUCCAUCUACCGGAAUGGCACGUCCUCCGUGUGAGCCUCCCAGAGCAAGCGGAGCUGUUGCAGAGUGGUCUCCUGAAAAAUUAAAGGAGGGAUGGCCAAGAUGGAGUCUCUGUAGGGUGACCGUAUUUCCCUAUGCUGAAUACGGGACACCGGGUAGAAUUAUUUGUAUUCAAGCCGUUCAGUGGCAAUCAGUCAGAACUAUGCAGGGCAAACGUUCAAAUUAACAUCAAGUCGACUGAGCCCCCGUUAAAAAGAAAUACCGGAGUUUGAUUCUUUUUAUUUACCUUCUUAUCUUUAAGGCUCUAGGGUUUACACAGGGAGGGGUGACUCACACAUACUCCCGUAGGCCUCUCUCCCAUGGUGGGGGGGGUGACUGACUGACCUGACCCUCCCUGCCUGGUGCUCUCUGCUCUCCAUGCCUGGCUGGGCCCCUGGGACGGACCUGCUUCUCCUGGUACCUGGUGCCGCGUCUUCCCAAGGUGACACGUGGGGUCACAUGCCCCCCCCCCGUCCCAGAUUUUGCCAGGGUUCACACCAGAAUGUGGCCAGCGGCAGUCUUUCGGCACUGUAUGGGAGGGAAGGGAUGGGAGCUGCUUCUCACCGCUGGGGAGGAAGAGAGGGGAAGGGAUGGCCUGGCCCUUGUCUUUGCAGAGCUCAUUUCUCCUCUCCUCCCCCUGUCCUCCCCCUGUGGCUGGAAGCAGCUUCUCCCUCCCUGCCCACAAUGCCCCCACUGACAUAACCCAAUCACCUCCUGUUCCCCCACCCCACCCCCCAGCUACAGCAUGGGCAGGAAGGGGUUAAGCCCUAGGUUGCAUUGUGCACCAGGGCCCAGUGGAUUCAGCGAACUCAGCCAGGGAGGUGGCUCAGCAGGGGAGGGUGCCUAGGGGAGGGAGCAGCCCUGCACUCCCUGGGGGCAGGCGGGGGGGUAGGAGAUGAAGAUGGUGGUCAGCCCCUGCCUGGAGGGGGCUGCUGUGGAGCCUGCAGGUCAAGGCGUGAACAGGCUGGAAAUCGCUUCCCCCCACUCCAGAGCUUAGCUGAAGGGCAGAGAAGCUUCCCCAUGCCAGCGCUGUGCGGGGCUUUGGCAUAUGCAGGGUUUGGCUCCUUCUGGCCAGCGCCCCAGGCCAGAGGGUCUUAGGUUUUCCUGGGGCGUCGGCCCAGCCAGAGGCAGUGGGGGAAGGAAGGAGCCUGCUGGCCAGGCUGCUGGUGAGCUGAGCAGUCCCACCAGGGGCUGGUUCUCUGCCCAGCGCUGGGAGCAGGAUGCACCUCGUGGGGGGGAUAGGGAGGAGCAGCAGGGUUGGCGUGGGUGAAGGGGCAAAGCAGGGAGAGGACAGCGAGAGGGGGAACGCAUAAAGGGCUGACUGGUGGGCAGCAGAGGUGACAUGUAACUGGUCACUACCUGGCACCUGCCCGCACUCACCAACCACCAGUGCUGGCCGGAAAUGGACUGGGGGGCUGGGUCUUGCUGGCUGUGAGCUGGCAUGCAGCAGGGGCUGCACUGAAGGACCAGCAGGGGGAGCGGCCAGACCCACAUGCUGCAUCUUUGCCCCGCCGCCAACCUUGCAGACCCACCCCCAUCGCCGGCCACUGGACCGCCCCCCACUCGACGCUGGUGAGAGGGCGGCUGGCAAGCAGGGAUCUGGCCAGCAGCAGGAGUGGGGGGGGAGACAGAAAAUAUGGGACAAUUUGCCUGUUUUUAAGAAAAAGUCAGGACACCUGCAGGAAGGCUUAAAUAUGGGACUGUCCCUUUAAAAAUGGGACAUCUGGUCACCCUAUUUCUCUGUGGAUCCUCAUGGUGGAACUUCUUGUCCCAGACAUCUCUCACUCUUCACUGCAAAGUCCACGUCUCAGGAUUGGGGCCUUUGCCAAGUGCUUUGCAUUUAAUCCCGUGAUCUAGAAAUGCAAAGCGUGUGUUAACGCUUGUUGGAAGGCAUCAUCACAAUACGGCCCUGACCCACAGCCCAUUCAGAUCAAAGGGAGCCUUUCCAAAGGGUUCAAGCCCUAUAUCUCUAGUUCCCUCACUAAGACUAGAGAGUACCUGGCUAGACUCCCUCCCAACCAAGUAAUUCAGAUCAUCUCUUUGUUAAUUGAAAUCUUACCUUUCAGUUCCAGCAACCCUAAUGUUCUCUGUAAGGGGCCAUCCCCUUAUGCUAUGUCUGCCCUGGGCACUGCGUCAGCUCUUCUUGUAAAAGAGCAUCCUUUUGAUCCUUUGUCUAAAAUUCUCAUCGCUUAAUGUGAGCAACUGGAAACGGAUUUGUGGUUUCUUUAUACUGCAGAUGUAGGCACAUAAAAUAAAAAUAACAAUGGCUGAUGUGGCGUAGUAAUAUUUAUAUCUUCAGAUGGAAAAUUAAAUAAGCUAGACGUAUAUUUUCGACUAUGGAUCAAUUUUAAGGCAGGGAAAUAAAGAUUUACAGCUAUGACCUCUUCACUGUAGACAAGACUUUCCUACAAAAGCCCCCUUCCUGCAGUUGAAGUCAAUGCAACUGUGUGUCAUCGGUGGGGCACCACAGCAGGAUCGGGGCCAUAUGGCAGACACCUAGCUGCACACAUAGGAGUGGAAAAGACCUACUGGGUCAAGACUAGUGCCACUGCAAGAAGCAUCCUCAGAUAAUCCCAUUCAUACGCUGAUCAAGCUCCUUUUUAAAACUGGUUUGGUGUCUUGCCCUCGCUACUGCAAUUGAGAGGCUGCUCCAGAACCUCACUCUUCUGAUGGUUAUAAACCUUCAGGUUUCCAGCCUAAAUUUAUUGAUGGCCGUUCCAUCUCCAUCUGUUCUUAAGAGCUCCUCUGAGAGUUGAACCCAGGGCCACGUAGACCCGAAGUGAGACAGCCCUCUACCCCAACACAUGAAAGUUUACUCAAGUAAGUUGUUGCAUUAAUUUUUAUAGGGCUGCUCACAUGAGUCAGGUUACCCCUGUGCCCAAGUGUUUGUGGGAGUCGGCCCUAAUGGCCACAGAGGUUGAGGGGAGCUGUGCCCUCAGUUUCAUAUGGACCAGGAGUUUCAUAUGGACCAACAAUAAAUAGUUUGAGCUUUAUGGGGUAACGUUCUCCCAAGAGCAGUUUUCCCUCAGUUUCCUGGUCUUUCCCCUCUUCUCCCACCCAUGGCCGAUUACACAGGGUGGCCAAGUGUAAGCCAUCUUGUGUGACAUACACACCCAAGCCACAGUAGUGCCCACAGAACAGAAAACUUCCCUGCUGGAGCCAAAUACGGAAGGGGCAGGGGUGGUAAGCAGCGUUGGUGGCCAUUGGGACAAGAUGAAGUGGUACUUUUCCUGCACCCCUAGCCUCAAGCGCGUCCUACAGUGCCCUAGGCAACCCCAACACCAUGCUGUAGCCGUAGCUCCCCUCCCAGCCACUCCCACCAGACACGCCUCACCCAACUUCCUCCAAGAGACUGCCACCCUCCCCACCAGGCUCCCCAGCUCCCCCAGCCUCCCAUCC